AUGUCUGGGGGGAGGACAGCUCACUCGCGAUUAAAAAUUCCUCUAAAUCCUGAGAAUAACUCAUUCUGCAACAUCCAAAAACAAAGCGGUACUGCUGAACUACUUCGGCUUGCAAAAAUAAUCAUAUGGGAUGAAGCAUUGAUGAUAAAGCGACAGGUGGUGGAGGCGGUUGAUCGGACAAUGCAAGAUAUCACUGGAGUGGCGCUCCCUUUUGGUGGAAAGAUAAUGGUUAUGGGAGGCGAUUUCAGACAAGUUUUGCCAGUUGUAAGACGCGGAACACGUGCACAAAUUGUAGACUCCAGCCUACGAAUGUCACCUCUUUGGCCUUCGAUUAUAAAGUUGCGGUUAACAAUAAAUAUGAGAGCACUAACUGAUCCGUGGUUCUCGAACUUUCUAUUACGGGUCGGUGAUGGAGUUGAAGAAACAGUGGACAGAAGCUUUAUCCGCAUCCCUGAUGAUAUGGUCAUUCCAUAUACUGAUAAAAAAAUCAUUGGAUGCUUUGAUUGA